AUGGCCCCUUUCACACAUAACGACUUCCUUGAAUAUGUCAAGUCAUUCAACGCCAAAGAUUUUGACAAACAAUACUCCUUCUACCACGAUGAUAUCACACUCGACAUUCCCGACCCACAAACGGGAAUUCUGCGUGGCAAGGCUGGCAUCCGCAAUCACUAUUUGCCAUUGUUUGACGUUGCUGACGAAUACAUCGUUCCGAUGGUCAUAAUGGUGGACGGUGAACGGGUGUUCUACAUAAUGGAGAGCUCCUUCCGGUAUAACAAGAGACUGGAUGAAGGUGGUGUUUUUGGCUUUAAGGUGGAUGAUGGCGAUGUUAUUAAGAUUCGAGUGUGGGCCUACUAUGAGAUCCGAGAGGGCAAGUUCCAGAGCAUCGUGUGCAACUUGUUCCAGAAAUGGUUUCUCGGAAAAGUUGAUAUGAAAGAGGCGAUUCGCGAAAGCCAGAGUCGGGCCACUGAAGGUCUUCGCCACGUGCAUAUCUGUGAUUGA